AUGGCCGCUCGCUGUCCACAACUAGCGUCCACGUCGUCGGCUAUGUCUCCAGCAAAGUUCUUCCUCCACUCGCCCAACAGCGACGCCGGGGACUCUUCUGAGGAAGAGGGCGACACUCUUUUCACCCCUCCCUCGCUCGGACACCCGUCUGCUAUGUUCAGUCAGAUGAACAGCCAGUUCACCUUUCGCUAUCCUGCUGAAUCGUCUACCUUAGAGAUACCCGUUGCGCAGGAACAAACGAGGCCGAGCCGACCCCUCUCGCCCGUCGCUCCCGUCUUUACUCCCGCAGCCAAGCUGAAGCAGCCACAGCAACAUUCGUAUGAGCGGCCCAUUUCAGGUCCCUCGCCCGCAUUGGAUCUGGCCAAUGCCUCGCUCGAAUUUGAUCCCUUCGCGGCAUCGUUCUCUUCUUAUUGUGACCCACAGACAUCACCGCUCAAACAGCCUUCGACGGGUCGGGAUAGACCCUCCCUCAGCCGUUCACCUGUCACCGACUACAGGCUAGUGACGAAGGCACGGGUGUAUUCCCCAAGGUUCCCGAACGACCAUUAUCUCGACUCUGCCUUUGUGCGGGCCUUCCAGCUAGAGGACGAGUUGGGCUCUGGCGGAUAUGGCUUCGUCAUGACCGCCCGUCAUCGUACAGAGGGAUACGAGGUAGCAGUCAAGUUUAUUAUCAAAGCCAAAGUGCCGGAGAAUUCCUGGAUGGACGACGAAAUCUUAGGAAGGGUUCCUACCGAGAUUCUUCUGCUCAGUCUGAUCAAUCAUGAGAACAUCGUCAAGUGCAUCGACGUGUAUGAAGACGAACUAUACUUCUAUCUGGUACGCGAGCGUAUUCGUUAG